AUGCUAUUGGGAUUCUGUGAAGAUUACAAACGCGUGGUGAUUAACGCUCGUCACGAAUUGAUUUUAAUACGAUCGCGCAACGACAACAAUUGUCUGUUUGGAGCUAUAGCACUGGAGCCGCAGCUUGAAAUAUUCAAGAUACAAUGGCGAAUGCCGCAUGUGCUGUUAAACGAGGUGAACAAGCUAUCGAUGCUGCGUGCUUUGGAAAGCGGACAAUACCUUAACAUGGGUUUUCGUUCAUGGGAUCUCCAUGAGUUUCCACUAUUGCAGCAGACGACUAAGCAUUCGUGGGCUAUUAAAACGGCUACUCAGCUCGAGAAGCCGCGGUAUGUUAUUUUCGCUCUGCAAACAAAUCGAAAGAAUAUCAUGUCUGAGAAUGUGAGUCAAUUCAAUCACUGCAAAUUGAGCAACGUAAAACUCUAUCUGAACUCGGAAUGUUAUCCAUAUGACGAUAUGAAUCUGGAUUUCGAUAAAAGCAAAUGGUCGAGUCUGUAUGAUGCGUUUUCACGAUUCCGGAAGAGCUAUUGGGGAAACGAUGAUCUUGCAUCAGGUCUCACUGUCGACAAUUUUCUAGAAUAUGGCCCGUUUGUGGCCAUCGAUUGUUCUCGACAAAACGAAUCGGUCAAGAGCGCGACUGUGGACGUGAGAUUGGAAUUUGAGUGUAAAGAGAAUGUACAUGCGAAUACCACUGCGUACUGCCUCAUUAUACACGAUCGAGUGGUUCAGUACAACCCGCUGACCAAUGUCGUGCGCAAAAUCACCUAA